UCUGUUCUUUGGAAUAGAUCCAUCGAACUUCAUAACAUGAGGUACAAAUGGAUGGUGUCAGACGGGGACAGUAAGGCCUUUAACACUGUUCAACAUGCCUAUGAUGACUGUGAAGUUAUUAAACUGGAUUGUGUAGGCCAUGUGCAGAAAAGGAUGGGCAAACAUUUAAUGAAUUUGAAGGCAUGCAGUAAGGGUAAACUUGCUGAUGGAAAACCUAUAGGAGGGCGUGGCCGGCUUACAGAAGGAAAGAUCAAGCAGCUUCAAAGGUACUAUGGCCUAGCAAUCCGGCAAAACACCUUGACCAAGGCAAAUCCCUCUGAACGGGAGGUUGACAUUGCAGUUUAUGGUGAUUCAUCAUGGUGCAAAUGGCAACAGGACCAGGCAACAGGAACCAGUACCUACAAAGGAGAUGACUGUUUGCCCGAAGUCUUCGUGGAGACUCUAAAACCCACAUUUGUGUCAUUAAGUGACAGUAAACUUUUAGAAAGAUGUGUACGAGGAAAAACCCAGAACCCAAAUGAAAGCAUCAACGCAAUGGUUUGGGUCCGGUGUCCCAAACAUAAACACCAUGGAGUGAAAGUUGUCCGGUGUGCUGCUGCGUCUGCAGUCUGCCACUUCCACAGAGGUGCAGAAAGCAGAGAAAGAUUGAUGGAAAGGCUUUCAAUUCCUGGAGGUGCAUUUACUGAGGAUGCAUUUCGACUAAGAGAUAAUUCAAGGCUUCGGAAAGCUGAUAAGCAGGCAACGGCCAAGGAGAAGAAGCGCCGGCAGGGAUUGCAGCUUAUCCGUACUCAAAGAGAAGCGGCUCUUCGUGAAAAAGAAGAUGUUUUAUAUGAAGCUGGGGCAUUCUAACUCUUGCUCUUGCCUAUCCUAAUUAUAUUUGAACUUAUGGCUACUCAUUGACUUCAUAAUUUGAAUACAGGAGGUGUUUAAUUUUAAAAUCUUGUAACUUUAGGCCUUUUUUUCUCAAAACGUAUUUUUUAAUACUUGAGAAAAGAUUACUCAAGAAGUAUGAGAGCUAUGGACCUGAAAUUUUUAGGGAUUGCUGAUCUAAUUGAGUUAUUUGGGAUGAGUGAAGGAAAAUGCCAUAGAGGUCUUUCUAAAGAAAUGAUUAAACAAAUAGUGAUCAUGUGUUAGAUGUGUAACUUGACACCAGUGCUGUGAUGUCAAAUUUAAAAAAUUCUUGAAAUCCUUCACUCAUCCCAACAAGUAUUCAAUAUUGUUUAGAAUAACAGCAAAAUAUUGGUAUUUCAUUGAAACAGUUUCUAACAAUCUUUACUCAAGUACAUAUAGGUGAGACACUACAAGUUGUUAAUUGAAAUGACCGGUGUCAGGUUACAUUUGCUGCAGGUGUGACAUAACACCUUUUUUUGAAAAAUAUAGUUCAUAAGCUUUCCAGUGA